UUGACACGUCAUCAAUCAGGAGACACCUCUUCGGUUUCUCUAUCCUUCUUUCUUUCUCUCUCUUUUCCAGCACCUACGAAAUGGUUCUAGAACCUUCCCGACCCCAAUCUCUUCCCCUACGGCUCGCGCCGCUCAAAAUCCAAUUCCCCCCAAUUCGUAAACCCUCGAUGAUCUCCUCCUCCUCCUCCUCCUCCUCCUCCAUGAAACCCUAGCCCUGAUCGUGCUAACCCUAACCCUAAUUCUCGGGGCGCGAUGUUCGGCGUGGUGUUCCCGGAGCGGAGCUACCCCAUCGACGCCUCCGCCUUCGCGCAGAUCGGGCCCCUCCACUGGGUGCUCGACGUGGGCGCGCUCGCCCCCUCGUACCGCGACGUGCGCGAGGUGUGCGUCUUCCUCCUCCCCUCCGCCGCCGCCUCCCUCCCCCGGGCGAAGAUCGGGGUGGCGGUGGAGGACGCGGCGGCGCUGCCUCCGGCGACGGCGGCGGAGGAGGCGGCGGGGAGGAGGGCCGAGAGGGUGGCGAUGCGCGUCGGGGAGAACCUCUUCAACUACAUGCAGUCCUUCUGCGGCGUCGACGGGAGCCGCCUCGUCGUCCCCAUGGACAUCCUCGACCGCUGGUUCCGCAAGUUCCAGGAGCGCGCGCGCAAGGACCCCUCCUACCUCAAAACCUUCCUCUUGUGAUCCCUUAUCAUCCCAAAUCAAAAAAAGGUACCACCUUUCUCCUCCUCCUCCUCCUCCUCCUCCUCCUCCUCUUCUUCUUCUUCAAUGCGUGGACAUUUUCUCAACUUUAACCCGUUUCGAAAUCGACUCUUUAUUUGAUUUGAUUUGAUUUACACUCCCCUUCCUCUACUUAUUACGUACGAAAGGAGCUAAAUCAAAUCAUUAAAAAAAGUCUAUUGGGCCGAUUUUGAUAGGGGUUAAAGUUUAGGAGGUGUCUAUAUAUUUUUAAUCUUGUUUGUGAGUUGUUUUGAGAUGUUAAACAUUUGUAUAGAGAGAAUCUAUCUUUAUCUUCUCCUUCUCUUUAUGUAUGUAAUUGAGAUUUGGGAAUGGUGAAGAAGAAGGGUAAUAAUUUUUUUAAAAAUGUUUUGAGUAAUUUGAGAUGUUCAACAUUUGUAGAUGUAUAAUCAUCUAUGAUAUUGGAGCUUGGUGGUUUAAUGGACCCAAUGGAAUUGGCCUUUUCUUUAA